AUGGCAAGCCUCAGGUCUUAUUCCGGCGCCACCACCACCACCAUCGCGGUGGUUGUCCUCGCCGUGGGUGCUCUCCUUGGCCUUUUCAUGGGCUCACCUCCUACCAAGUCCUCUUACCACGCCCUGUACCUCUCCCUGGCCGAUAACUCCACCGUCUCCCGGCACCUCUUCGCCCUCACUCGCCGGCCGCACGUCGCCGGAACGCCGGCCAACGGCGAGGCGGCGGCUUACGUCGCCGCCACCUUCUCUUCCCAUUCUCUCCGCACCCACAGCGUGUUCUACGAGGUGGCUCUGAGCUACCCCGUGCGCCGCUCGCUCACCCUCUCGCAGUCUCAGAGUGAUCCGCCGGUCGCCUUCGAGCUCCUGCAGGAGAUCUACGCCGACGGACCCUCAGCGAAGGUGGCCGAGGAGGUGAUCCCCACAUUCCAUGCCUAUGCCAAGUCCGGCACCGCCGCAGGGCCCGUGGCCUACGUGAACUACGGCCGGGUGGAGGACUACGCGGCUCUGCGGGCGAUUGGGAUCGACGUGGCGGGAUCCGUAGUCCUGGCGAAGUACGGGAAGAUCUUCCGCGGGGACAUUGUGAGGAACGCUGAGGCUGCCGGAGCGCUAGCGGCGGUGGUGUACACUGAUCGGAAGGACUACGGCGGAGGGAAUGGCGGCAAGGGAUUCCCCGAGGGGCGGUGGAUGCCGCCGAGUGGGGUGCAGAUCGGGACUCUGUACAGGGAGCUGGGGGAUCCCACGACCCCAGGGUGGCCAAGCGUGAGCGCCUGCGAGAGGAUCGGCAUCGAGGAGGUGGAGGCCAGCGGGGUGCUUCCGCAGAUACCGUCGCUUCCCGUGUCCGCCAUUGAUGGGGAGGAGAUCCUCCGGUCGGUUGGAGGCCCCGCUGCGGCGGCGGACUGGCAAGGUGUAGAAGGAGGUCCUCUGCGCAGAGUCGGGCCGGGGCCCGGCUUCCUCAACCUGACCUACGAGGUGAGUGAAGCGUCUUGAAUCUACAGCGUGCAAGUCCGAGCCCUCUGCAAGAUUUCAUUCACAGACGCAUUCGGUUUCCUUCUUGAAUUCAUGAGAAGGAUGGCGCAUAACCUGCUCGUGAAAUGGUAACAGGGGAACACCACCAUGGCCACCAUUCAAAAUGUGUUUGGCAUCAUCGAAGGGGAACAUGAGCCUGACAGGUGAGCUUGAUCGUCUUCCGAUUCUGCAUCCCUGAUGCUUGAAUUUGUUGACAGAGAAAGCAUCGCUCCAGUUGAGCUUCUUGCAAUGGAAAUAACCAGGGAUCUAAAAUAUAGAUAGAUGAAUGCUCAUCUCCAGUAUAUCUGCUAGGCACUGUUUUGAGACUGAUCAUCGAAAUUAAUUGUUCUGCUGUAUGAUAUAUAGCCAUUAUAAUCGUCCUUGUUUUGAGAAAAAAGUCAGUGCCUGUAAAAAUAAGAUAACUUUUGAAACAUUUUGAAAGACGAAAAUGAAUUUUAAAUAUCUGACAAAAAAUAUCAUAUGUAUACAUAUGAAUAUUAUCUGAUUUAUAUUUCUAACUUGUAUUUCUAAAUUAUAUGAAUAUAAUUUUAGAAAAAUUAGCCGUUGUCUUGCUACCUAAACAAUCAGGCAGUCGUGGCUCACCACCUUACUCAUGUUUAAAAUCUUACAUGGUUGUACCAGUUGCAGUUGAAACAAGGAUGAUGUCAGGGAUCAAUGAGCAUGCUGGGAAAAUUGUGGUUUAUUUUUGGUCAUUUUUAUUUGUUUAUAGAGAUCUUUUACUUAAAAUGGUAUCUCCAGAAGUUCAAUCUCUUCACUUAUUUCGACUUAAGCUUCACUAGAUUAAUGUGCCGGAUGCCUACAUCUUUCCUGAUGUGUAACCUGAAGUUUAAACCUUAUAUUCGCUGUAAGCGUGCCUGAUCUACCAUCCACCUAUUAUCCAUUGUAACAUUCUUGUAAAUAGUAGAAUUACCACCAGAAAACGCUCAUAAACUUAUCCUAGCAAACCCUCAGCCCACUACCUUAAUUUAUAUCCCAUUAGUCAUUUAUUUCCAAUUUUAAUAAGCCCAAGCUCGUAAGAAGAGAAAUAGUGGAGUCUCAGAAGGAAAACGUCCUGCAUUAGAUGGUAAUACUAGAUGUUUCUGAAUCUUGGACGUUCGUGGCAGGGGAUAUGGAUGGCUGCUAUGAUCCUUUAGAGCCCUAUCCCAUGAACAACUAUUCACAUUUUAGAGAGGAGAGGCUAGUGUUGAACAUUUGAUGAAUCCAAGAUAACUAUAUCUAGAGUACCAUCGUCUGGGUCUGAGGAGCCAAUGAUGCUCUUCCGUAUGUGUUUCUGAAUGUCAAUGGUGGCAUCAACACGAAUGUGGUGAAUCAUUCUCAGCUUUUUUAGCCUCCAGAAAAAUUAGAGGACAUCAAACGAUUUUGCUUUUUUUCUAUAUAAGUAGAUUCUUCAUUGUAUUAUGCUAUUCUAUGAGUUACACUUUUAGAUAUUUAUUUUUUAAUGCUACGGCGUAUUGUUAUGUUUGUAUGGAAAAUGAUCCACCGUGGAGAAAGAGUGUCGUCCAGAUUAAUUUCCCUAGCCGUUGCAUGUUGGCGUAUAUAAUUGUUCCCCCCACACGUGCCAAUCUGACAAGCACUGGCAUGCAUGAUAGUUCCUGUAUAUGACAAGAAACCCCUAUAUUCGUCUGCUUUGUAGGGCGUUUGAUUUAAUGUUUUCAUGUUCGCAGAUAUGUUCUUCUUGGUAAUCACCGUGAUGCAUGGACAUUCGGUGCAGUGGAUCCCAAUAGUGGUACUGCUGCUUUGCUUGAGGUAACAAUAGAUAUUUUGGGUUCUGUAUAACCCGGACUUCAUGGAAUUCACUAAAUUUCAGAUGGAAAGAUAGUUGCUUUUCCGAGUACGACAUGUUUUUUUGUGGUUCUGCUGUCUAUUUCAUCUUUCUCUCAUGCAUUUGUUCUAGAGAGGACCAUAAUUCCUAAAGGCCAUGACUUGCCCUCUUCCUUUUCCAUCUGGACGUUGAGACCGUUAAAGCUGCCAUUGUUUGUUCCUGGGUCGUUCUUCCCACUCUUCUACUGUUUUUACAAGAGUUCUAGAUCGAGUUUUCAAAGUAGUUGCUCAGCACCACAAUAGAAUUCUAUAUCAGAUUUUAGACGGUGAUAUAAAGUUGAUAGGAUAUAUAUUCUUGGUCAAAGUUUUUUUAUCAAAUUGUCAAUUCUGAUUCCUUUUCAUUGUCCUUUUAUUCUUCAACCAACGAAAGAUUGCUCAGAGGCUGGAGAUGCUACAGAAGAGAGGAUGGAAACCUCGAAGAACCAUUGUCUUUUGCAACUGGGAUGCUGAGGAGUAUGGACUGGUCUCUCCUUUUAACUGUUCCACUCCUCUGUUUGCACCAUCUCCUCCAACAUUGCCAUCACAUUCUAAUUCUAUUGCAGAUAGGGUCUGCUGAAUGGGUUGAAGAGAAUAGAGAGAUGUUAGCUUCAAAAGCAAUUGCUUACUUAAAUGUAGAUUGCGCAGUCAGAGGGCCAGCAUUCCAUGCCUCUGCAACCCCUCAACUUGAUGAGCUCCUCGAACAAGCAACAAAGGAUGUAUGCCAUCCAUGGUCCCAUUUCUCCAGAUUAACUUAUCUCUGGAAUAUUUCAAUGGUUUAAUGGUGUCUGCAGGAUAUUUCUUACAUGGUGUUGUUUUUAGUGAUUCUUUGCGGCUCAUAUCAUCCUAGGUCUCUUGCUGUUGGGCAAAAAAGAAGAAAGAAAAUAUGUACCCCCCCGGGACGAUAUACCUGAGAAGCUAUUAACAGCUAUCUAUCUUAUUGCUGUUAUUCAUAAAUUCAAUGUCGCGUGUAGGUUCCUCAGACGCUAUAAUGCUUUAGUUUUUAGUACUGGCAAUAGCUGAUUUAUUUUCUAUACUUUAAUGCUAAGGAGUCGACUGACUUACCAUAUUUGGAGAAUUUUGAUGGCUUUUGUACUGUGGUUUAGUUGCUGAAACUUUAUUGACGUCUUGUUUUAUUUUUGAAGGUUCAAGACCCAGACAACUCCCUAGGUACCUUGCACGAUUCAUGGGUUGGAUCAAACGAAAAGCCGAUGGUGGGUGCUCAAAUCUUUCAAUCCUUUUGCCAUUUCUAGACCUUAUCCAUAUUCUUGCCGAUCUAAUUUAAUGAAGGAAGACUGCCAGUCCCCAUGUCUUGCACAUAUCAAGUCAAUAGAGAAAGCUUAUCUGAUGAUAACUUUGAUAUUCCAUGUUUGCUUCACCUGUUCCACGAUUCUGGAGAAAUUUAGGUAUUGCCCUAAGCUUACUGAAGUAUUUUACUUGAAGAUCGGAAGGUUAGGAGGGGGUGGAUCAGAUUAUGCAGCUUUUUUACAGCAUGCUGGAGUUCCUUCAGUUGACAUGUCCUUUGGUGAAGGUAUAAUUAAUUUUUUUAAGAAUAAUUUUGAUUAAACUACACUUUUGGAAACUCUUCAUGAUAACCAUAAUAACUAUGAUUCUCGUGUUUUUCAGGAUACCCAGUUUAUCAUUCCAUGUACGAUCACUUCACCUGGAUGCAAAGGUUUGGUGAUCCAAUGUUCCUUAGACAUGCCGCAGGUGCUUUUAGCUACUUCUAGCUCAAUUUCCACCUACCUUUCAGUCUCUAAUCCUAUUAAAUCACUUUCCAAAGUUUCCUGUUUUCCUUAUUUGAUCACUGCGAAGUCGUUCAAUAUAUUGACCAGGCUCAGCGACCAAGUCUCGUCCCCAUUACUACGUCUUUCCUCUUGCUUGUUGUGAACUAUCCCAUUCUGUCGUGAUUGAAGUGAUGUGCAUCCAUGAACAGAUUUUUUUUAUUUUAUAUUCCGGUACAAUUAACUUAUAAGUAAAAAACUAGUUCAUAUUCAUUGCUGCCCAUUUUCUGGACUAUCAAUCAAUGAGCCAUCAUCAAAGGCACCUAUUUUUUGAUUUUACAGUUUAGGUGCAAUUAACUUGUAAAUAAAAAUGUAUUUCAUAAUCAUAGGCACCUAUUUUUGGAGCCAUCAUCAACACAGAUGACCAAAAGUCUAGCAGGAGAGCGUCUACUAAUUUCCUUUCUUGACUUCUAGCUGCAAGUAUAUGGGGAUUAGUAGCUCUACGGCUCGCAGAUGAUGAGUUCUUGCCCUUCAAUUAUACGUCCUAUGCUCGCGAGCUCCAGGUGCAUAUACCAGUAUAUUUAUGUUCAUUUUUCUCUUUUUUUUAUUAUUUUCAUAAGUUGAUGUCAGGCAUUUCAUUCUUCAUAAGCUUUUUUUGUAUUCGAUUAGAUUUUCUCCUUCUAUUAAUUUGACACCCAAACAUAUUAAAUCCAAGACCCGGGCCAUUCAUUUCGUUUUUCUCCAAGGAGAUCUAAACGCAUGGUAGAUAUUUCCUCACUGGAAUAGAACAAGGCGCAGUCUCUCUCUCUCUCUCUCUCUCUCUCUCUCUCUCUCUCUCACACACACACACACACACACACACACAAUUAAAACCAUGAGAUUUCAUCAGAAAAACAUACAUUUAUGGGUAAAUGCAUAGACUUGUGAUAUAUUUUGUUCAUACCCAAUUGGAGCACUGAACUCAAACAUGGCAGAAGUAUAUAAAAAAAAACCCGUGAACAUGGAGAAUAUGUUUGAAGCCACUCAAACUUGAUCAACCCAAAGGAACAAGUUUCAGAAAACCGAGGAAGAUGGGUGUAAUCUGGGUAUAAUCCGGUCCCUUUUUUGAUAGAUGCGCACAAAGGAAUUGGAAGGAAAGCUGCAGGGUGCACCCAUAAGCUUCACCCCCCUCCACAAGUCCAUUGAAGAACUCAGCAAGGCGGCAGAAAGAAUAAACGAACAGAAGAAGGUAUCUCCACGAAUCUCGGACGAAUCCCUGUGGGUGAGAGAGUAGCAGACCGCCUCCACCUUUUUGUUGAGAUUCUUAUACCAGAUGGGUUCUGUUCCUCAGGCAUUGCAGUCAUCGAAGUGGACGAAGAACAGAUCACAGAAAGUGAGGGAGUUGAACGACCGGUUCAUGAUGGCGGAGAGGGCCUUCAAAAGCGCAGAGGGGCUUCCGGGCCGGCCGUGGUACAAGCAUUUGGUGGGUACUCUUCCUUAAUCUGAAUUGCACACGUGGCAAGGAAAUGGGCCCAUAUCACAGGGUGCUGCCACUUGGCUUCUCUCUACCAAGAAUUAACGCUCGUCUUUUCACAGGUGUUCGGCCCGUCGACGGAGAACGACUACAACUCGGCGUCGUUCCCUGGGGUUGAGGACGCCGUAGAGCAGGCUAGAAGGGAUGACUCGGCCGAGUCCUGGCGAGUCGCCCAACACGAGGUCUGGAGGGCUGCCAGGGCCGUGGCCCAGGCGGCGCUUGUUCUCAACGGACAACUCUCUUGA